CCAUCUUUGUUCGGGGCAGACUCCCGGGAUCGGGGCAGGAGAGACAGAGAGGCCGCCCGCAGCCCGGGGAGACACACACAGAGGGAGUGCGGUCCUAGCCUGCAGUGACGCCACAGGAGAGCGGACUCGGGCAUUGCCGAACCCCAGGGCUAGGCCGGGCCGUGUGUCCGGGACUCGCUGACCGUCGGGCCCUCAGCAUCAAUGGCGGCCCCGGUUCUGAGCCGCUGCCUCUCGGCUUUGGCCGUAAACCCCGCGCUCCGGCUCCGGGCCCUGACCGCUUGCUCGGCCUGCGGUGUGGGCCAGCGCCAGCAGCAGCAUGCCCGGCUCCUGUCGUCCAGGAAUCGGCCUGAAGGCAAAGUUUUGGAGCCAGUUGGAGUAUUUGAGGCUCUCAAGCAACAGGGAAAAUAUGAAACUGGGCAGCUAUUUCUGCACAGUGUGUUUGGUUACCGAGGGAUAGUCCUGUUCCCCUGGCAUGCCAGGUUAUAUGACCGAGAUGUCGCAUCUUGCAGCUCUGACAGCAAAACAGAAAACUCAGGAACUCAAGGUUCCAAAGAGGUCAAGGGCAAAACGCACACCUACUACCAGGUGUUGAUCGAUACCAGGGACUGUCCUCAUAUAUCUCAAAGGUCACAGACGGAAGCAGUAACCUUUCUCGCUAACCAUGAUGACAGCAGAGCGCUUUAUGCUAUUCCAGGUUUAGACUAUGUGAGCCAUGAAGACAUCCUGCCUUACAGCUCCUCAGAUAGAAGCCCCAUCCAGCAUGAGUUAUUUGAAAGAUUUCUCUCCUAUGACCCUUCAAAAGCAGCCUUGCCAUUUGUAGCCAGAGAUACGCUCCGUGCUUGGCAGGAGAAGAACCAUCCCUGGCUGGAGCUCUCUGAUGUACAUCGAGAAACAACAGAGAACAUCCGGGUUACCGUUAUACCCUUCUACAUGGGCAUGCGGGAAGCACAGAAUUCCCAUGUGUAUUGGUGGAGGUACUGUAUCCGGUUGGAGAAUCUUGGGACAGAAGUUGUUCAGCUUCGGGAAAGGCAUUGGAGAAUCUUUAGCCUGUCUGGAACCUUGGAGACUGUACGAGGGAGAGGAGUAGUGGGCAGAGAGCCAGUUUUGUCAAAGGAGCAGCCUGCAUUUCAGUACAGCAGCCACGUCUCACUGCAGGCUCCCAGCGGUCACAUGUGGGGUACGUUCCGCUUCGAGAAGCCAGAAGGUUCUCAGCUCGAUGUCCGCAUCCCGCCAUUCUCCCUGGAGAGCAAUAAAGAUGACAAGGCCCCUCCUGCUGGCUACAGCUGGUAAAGUUCCAUCGGCCAGGACCCUGGACUGGCUGUCAGCGGGAAGAUUCUGCCUGCAACUUUACUGUAGAGGGGAUAAAAUGAAGGAGAAAGUCUUCCAUUGCCAGUCCUUUACUGAUCUCCCUGGCUUGCUGUAUAAACUCCAAUCACAUUUUGUCUGUUUUUGCUGCAGAAAUUAUUUUGGGAAGUGCAACGUUGGGAUUGUAUAAAGUCUGUAUCAUUGAAGAAGAAAAUGGAAGGAUUUUGGGUGGGAGCUGGUGCGGUGUGGUGCUUGUGGUCAGACUGUGGGAGUGGGCUGGGAUUUCUGGUCAGCAGUGCUCAAAUUAGCAAACUUAAAGGGGAAAAAAGUAAGAUUUAUCACAGAGGUGACACAACUUACAGACUAGCUCCCACGUGUAUUAAGGAAAUUGUUUGAACAUAUUGCUGAGGAACUCACUUCUGUCAGUAAAAUCCAUUUACAUAGCAGCUUGGACCAGCUUCACAUCAACUGUCUAGGGCUGUCUGGACUUCAACUGACUAGUCGAAGUUAGUGGCAUCUAUUAUACUGUCCUCCCUCCUUGAGAGGGCCUGAGUGUCAGCAAUGUCUGCCGCUAUGUUACAAUAAUGGGAAGAUUAAAGGAAAUGAAAGGGUUAA